UAUCCUCCCCGUGAACAAGCGGAAUCGAAGGAGCUGGUUCGGGGAGCAGGGGGAAGAGCAUCUACUGUGAUGAGCUUGCGAGUACAAAUUGGAAGAAAUUAUUGGAAAACAAAAAUAGCGCUAGCUGUGGAUUUCAAAACGUCACAGGAUUGACGUGUUCCGGUUUUGUGUUUAUUCUGUUUUCCACACUUGUGAGGGGAAUAUAUAUAUAUAUAUAUAUAUAUACUCUCUUCGGGUUAGGGCCGGAGCACCCGGGAGUGAGUGCCUGUCUACGGAGCUGAGGGUCUGCAGCCGCUGGCCCUACCGCAUUGACAACUGAGUGAGAACGACUGGAGACGGCGGUUACAGGGCUUAUUUUUUAAGUGUUUAUUUUGUUUAGUUUUGUAAUCCUAAAUUCCACAAAGAGAGUCGUUUACAUGUAAGCUUUUAACACCGUUAUUGCCAAUUGGGUGAAGGAGGACCUCUUGCGCCAUCCACUGUCUAACCAGAGGCUUGAGUGGUUUUUAUGAAUAAUAUACAGGAAUGUAAUGAAAAUGAUAUACAGUAAUUGUUGUCUUUUUUUCUUUUGGUUAAAACCAAAGCAUCAGUUUCAGUUAGGGUACAUUUUAAAUGUUUUUCUGUACUCGUUGAUCUGCUAUUAAGUGCCAGAGAAAAACUCAGCCGGUGUCAUGAGAUUAUUAUCUUUAUUUGCAUAGCUAAACAUGAUGUACAUUUAUUUAUUUUAUUUUUUUUAGUAAUAUUUGUAGUACAAACAUUUAUUCUAGAUAUAUAGCUCCAGUAAAUUCAAAGAUCACUCGCUGGAUAAAUUACAAAUAAUAAUAAACUUAAUAGUAAAACACCUAGAAAAUGUCAUUUUUCAACUUUCGCAAGAUUUUUAAGUUGGGAGGGGAAAAGAAGAAAAAACAAUAUGAACAUGUCAACAGGGAUGUAAAUCCCGAAGACUUCUGGGGAAUCAUUGGAGAACUGGGUGAUGGUGCUUUUGGAAAAGUGUACAAGGCCCAGAAUAAACAAACUGGGACCCUUGCUGCUGCAAAGGUGAUUGAUACAAAGACAGAAGAGGAGCUUGAAGACUACAUGAUAGAAAUUGAUAUUCUAGCAUCGUGUGACCAUCAGCACAUAGUUAAACUACUGGAUGCCUUCUACUACGAAAGUAAACUAUGGAUCCUGAUCGAGUUCUGUGCAGGAGGAGCUGUUGAUGCUGUAAUGUUGGAGUUGGAGAGGCCUCUAACAGAGCCACAGAUCCGGGUGGUUUGUAAACAGACUUUGGAGGCAUUGUGUUACCUCCAUGAUAUCAAGGUCAUUCACAGAGAUCUAAAGGCUGGGAAUAUUCUUCUUUCAAUAGACGGAGAUAUUAAACUUGCUGACUUCGGAGUAUCUGCUAAGAAUACUAAAACACUGCAGAGAAGAGACUCCUUUAUUGGAACACCAUAUUGGAUGGCUCCAGAAGUGGUAAUGUGCGAAACUUCCAAAGACAGGCCAUACGAUUACAAAGCUGAUAUUUGGUCAUUAGGUGUCACAUUAAUUGAACUGGCAGAGAUAGAACCACCUCAUCAUGAGCUUAAUCCAAUGAGAGUUUUGCUGAAAAUAGCUAAGGCAGAGCCUCCUACUCUAUCGCAGCCAUCUAAAUGGUCUGCAGAGUUUAAGGAUUUUCUUAGGAAAGCUUUAGAUAAGAAUUUAGACAACAGAUGGAACGCCUCUCAGCUGUUACAGCAUCCCUUUGUGACGAGUGUUGUUGACAACAAGCCACUUCGAGAGCUGAUAGCGGAGGCUAAAGCAGAGGUGACAGAAGAGAUUGAGGAGGCUAAAGAAGAGGAGGAGGAUGAAGAACACGAUCCACAGCUACUUGUGCCUGGACACAAGCGCGCACCAUCAGAUGCCAGCAUUGCAAGUUCAGAGGACGAGAAGCUCUCGCAGUCUGCUUCAAUUCUGGAGUCUGUGUCUGAGAAAAUUGAGCCUGACCGUACUGAGGACAAAGUCAGUGACAAACUCUCAGAUGAGGGUAUAGGCACCAGUGAAACUGAUAAGACGGAGGAUGAAAAAUUGAAUGAGAACAACAUUUCAGACACCAGUAUUGAAGAUAUUAGCAGGGAAGAGCUCCUGGUUGAGGCAGAAGAGAUGGCAACUGCUGAAGGAAAAGAAGAGCUUAUUGCUAAGCUACCCAGUGCUUCACAGGAAGAAACAGCUGAGAUGAACUCUGUGGCAGAUACUGAAGAGGAGACCAAACAAAACGAAGAAGAGAAAACAACUGAGGUAAAGCAAGUACCAAAAAUCACAACUGAAGAAGAAAAAGACAUUUCAGAACCUAAAGAAGAUGUCAAAGGUGAAAAAGACAUUUCAGAACCUAAAGAAGCUGACAAAGGUGAAAAUAGUCAGAAAGAUGCAGAUUCAGAAGGAAUUAAAGCAGGAUGUGUGGAAAAACCUACGGUAAAACUAGCACAAGAAGCUACGGAAAAUGAAAAUAAGGAUCUUGAGGAAGAGGGCUGUAAAGCCAUUGAUGAGAAUGCAGAGAUAGAUAUAAAUAAAGGAGAAACACCACAAGAAGUAAGCCCUGAGAUGGGGCAAGUGACAGAUGAGAGUUGCACUGAACAGGUGGAAAAAGACAAGGUUAGCAACAAUGAACAUCCUCGGGAGCCUUCUGUGGAUGCAACACCUGAGCAAGCUCUCAAAGAGGCGGUUGAUGAGGUAGACAAAGAAAUCCAAAGUAUUACAGCUGUACAAAAUGAAACAACAGAAAUCCCAGAGAGCACAGUAGCAGUAGCUUCCAGUAUCAGUGAUGACAGAGAAAAGGACGAAGGAGACAAGGGAGCCGUCCCAGAGGAAGCAAAGCCAGCAGCCAUUCCCAGUGUCGACGAAGUUAAGGCCAGUGCAGAAAGCCCUGAGAAAACGAAAACUCCAAAGCAGCUGGAGCCUGAGAAACUCAAAGAAAAGGAUAAAGAUUCAGACUCCGGCAGAAGUUCUGCUGCUGAUAAUAACAAUGUUGAUCUGAACUUGUCCAUCUCAAGCUUUCUAACCAAAAACAAGGAGGGAUCCAUUUCUGUUCAGGAAACCAGAAGACAGAAGAAAACGUUGAAGAAGACACGUAAAUUUAUGGUUGAUGGGGUAGAAGUCAGUGUGACAACAUCAAAAAUAGUCACCGAUAAUGAUACAAAGAGUGAAGAAAUGAGAUUUUUAAGACGUCAGGAGUUGCGAGAGCUGAGAUUGCUUCAGAAAGAAGAACAGAAGGCCCAACAACAGCUGAGCAACAAACUGCAGCAGCAGCGUGAGCAGAUAUUCCGGCGCUUUGAACAGGAGAUGACGAGUAAGAAACGUCAGUAUGAUCAGGAAAUCGAAAACCUAGAGAAACAACAGAAACAGACGAUUGAGCGACUGGAACAAGAUCAUACAAAUCGACUGCGAGAUGAAGCAAAACGCAUCAAAGCAGAGCAAGAGAAGGAACUGUCCAAAUUCCAGAACAUGCUGAAAAACCGCAAAAAGGAGGGUGUCGCCCAGGUUAUGAUACAGUCUUUUCAGUUGUCCUCAUGUACACUCUUCAACGCUCAGAUGCAGGAUGAACAGGAGUUUUUGCAGAAACAGCAACAGGAACUGGAUUCAGCCCUGAAGAAAAUCAUACAGCAACACAAGCUUGAGAUUGCCACCAUUGAGCGUGACUGCUUGAACCACAAACAGCAGCUUAUGAGAGCAAGAGAAGCAGCAAUAUGGGAGCUGGAAGAGCGCCAUCUGCAGGAGAAACAUCAGCUCCUGAAACAGCAGCUGAAAGACCAAUACUUUAUGCAGAGACACCAGCUGCUAAAGAGGCAUGAAAAGGAAAUGGAGCAGAUGCAGAGGUAUAACCAACGAUUGAUUGAGGACCUAAAGAGCAGGCAGACUCAAGAAAGAGGCAGGCUGCCAAAAAUCCAGCGCAGUGAAGCCAAGACCCGCAUGGCCAUGUUCAAGAAGAGCCUUCGAAUCACAUCAUCUGGAUCGCCAGAGCAGGACAGGGAGAAAAUCAAACAGUUCGCUACUCAGGAGGAGAAGAGGCUGAAGAAUGAGAGGCUGCAGCAGCAUCAGAAACAUGAGAACCAGAUGAGGGAUUUACAGCUACAAUGUGACACUAAUAUUAGAGAAUUGCAGCAGCUGCAGAAUGAGAAGUGCCAUCUGCUGAUUGAACAUGAAACACAGAAGCUUAAAGAACUUGAUGAGGAGCACAGUCAGGAGCUGAAAGACUGGAGAGAGAAGCUCCGUCCAAGGAAGAAGGCUUUGGAAGAAGAAUUUGCAAGAAAGCUACAAGAACAAGAAGUGUUUUUCAAGAUGAGUGGAGAGUCGGAAUGCCUUAACCCUUCAGCACAAAGCCGGAUUUCUAAAUUCUACCCCAUUCCCAGCCUGCACUCCACAUGAUCACCAAAAACAGGAGCUGACAUAAUAUUAUAACCUACUGGAGCAUCCCUUAAAACAAAGAAGACUGAUGGUAACAUCAUGGAACCUCUGCUUCUCCAUGGAUGACAAUCAGCCUAAUUAUCUGAACGCUUGAAUUAAAUGUCUAGUAUUUCUGGAAUAAGCUGAAAUGACCACAGAAAUUGAAGUUUUGUAUUUAAGUCUGAGCUGGCACAGGUUUUAAGUAAAUCAUUUUAUUUCCCCCUCUUUCAAUUACUCUACCAACCAUUAAAGUUCAUUUGAAUUAGAAAAGGCUAUGUUACAUAGUAGGGUUUUAAAGUCCUUUAAAAAUAGACACAAUUAGCAAAUUUGAAAAUACAACAAAUGGUACAAAGCAAACUAUACUGAAACUAAAUUAAAUGCAUAAUGAAUAACCAACUCAGGCAGUGUACCAUUUAAUAAUACUUUAAUAUACACCUACAGUAUUUCAUGUGCUGCUUUUGUUUGUCUUCUUAAAAAAAGAAGAAACCGGUGCCUAAGACAAUUUGAUUCAAAUGAGCUGGCUUUUUAUAGAGCCUAAUUUAAUUUGUUGAUUUGUCCUUUUAUGUUCUUUAAACAAAAAGUAGCUGGAAAUGUGUAAAAAAAAAAAAAAAAAAAAAGUGUAUGUACAGUGUGCAGUAAGGUGCUUGACUUCAUUUUAGUCUUACAGGUAGGCUACGUUUCCAGUCCUCCUUUUAAACAAAUUGAACUUUUGAAAAACUAUGAAGUGUAUAAUCUUGAAGUAUGGCUUUUCUUUACAAAAAAAUAUAUAACUAUUAUGCUGUUUUAUAAUAAUACAUAAACACUCCUGAUAGUGGAAAAGACGCAAAAUAAAAUGUGUACAUGCACAUUGUGUGCGUGAGUAUAAAAGUAUUGCUAAUUGUAUAUAGCACUAACUUUUUUAUAAGAUUUAUUUAUUUUUUACUUUGUUUCCAUGAAAGUACUUGCAUGGCAAUUUUUUUCUUUAGUUUGGCUAAGAAAAAAAAAAUCUAUAUGUAAUUGCAUGUCUUGAUAUAUAAGUUGUUACAGUUAUAUCAGACACUAGGAGAAAAUGUACAGUAAAACUGUAUGUAUCUGUGUUUGCAGACCUAGAAGGUUUUUCCACCAUUUAAAUAUCAUCUUUUAGUCAUAUCAUGAGUGUUUCAAAUAACGUAAGCAUAUGCAGUAUGAAUCAUAUUUUGUAACUAACUUUUGUGGACUGUUCUAACAAAUAUAGCUCCCCACCCCCCCAAAUUUAAUUGCUCUCAAGUUUUUACCUGGGAUUUAUUGAUUCAAUCGCAAAAUUGCUUUGUCUCAAGGGUUGACUUUCUCUCAUGAGUGUGUUUUUUUUUUUUUUUUUUUUUAGAAAAAUGCUGUUCAGCAUUAAUAAUUUACACAUGCAAGCAGUGUGUAGAGAAUUUUCAAAAUUCAGAUUGAACGGGUGGGGGCAUGCAUGUUUUUAGGUUAUCAUUUGUACUUUUGCUUAAAUUACUUUUAAUAAAUUACUUGUAAUUACUAUUUGUAUUAUUAUAGCGAUUGUACUAGUUAUUAGCCUUACUAAAAAGUUGUGUUUUACUGACUGUAACUUCAAAUAGCGCUAAAUCAUUAUCCUGAGUGCAUUACACAAAUAUAAGUUACAAUUUGGGAAUAAUGAGGUCAUUGCCUUGCCUUUCUCUUGUCUUUACGUGUGUGUGUGUUUAUCAUGAAUUAAUGCACAGUGUGAUCAGAAUUUUUCAGGUGGGAAUUAAAAUAAUUUGCUAGGUCAGUGAAUGCUUGUGUUUCUAGAUUUCUGUAGAGAAUUCAGCAUCUUGUACAUUUUGGAUAUGCACAGCAAUUGUACUUCAGGGCCAUUGUUCUCCCUGGAGUGUUCUUUUGUAUUGGUCCCCACUAGCUUUUUACCAAGGGUGUACUCUGAUUUUACUUUUCUAGUUGCCUUUAUGGGAUAGGGUGGUGGGUUGGUGUACAAGUUGUAACGGAUUGUACCUCUUAAUGUACAAACCAACCAAUGCUUGUUUAAGGAAAGCACAAAUUUUGUAUGACAGUUAUGAUCCUGUUUCUGCGACGGAUAAAUGUUCACUGGUGGUUUUGUUUAAUCAUAUUAAAGUGAUGUAAAACAAA